UUCCAAAUCCACAUUUCCACAACUGACUCCCACCUGGAAGCACCACAACCCUCUUUACUCUCUCUGCGACAUGGCCAACGCGGGCAUCCAGCUGCUGGGGUUCACCCUGGCCUUCCUGGGGUUCAUUGGGUCCAUAGCGUCCACAGUGAUGGUGGAGUGGAAAGCCUCUUCGUAUGCGGGGGAUAAUAUUAUAACUGCUCAGGCUCUGUACGAGGGGCUGUGGAAGACCUGCGCCUCCCAGAGCACAGGCCAGAUCCAGUGUAAAGUCUAUGAUUCACUGCUGCAGCUGCCAGGGAUCGUGCAGGGCACCCGUGGGCUGAUGCUGGCGUCUGUGCUGCUCUCGUUCAUUGCUAUGCUGGUGGCCGUGGUGGGGAUGAGAUGCACCACCUGUAUGGCAGACGCUCCACAGCAGAAGGACAAAGUGGCUCUGGCCGGAGGAGUGGUCUUCAUCAUCGCAGGGGUCUUGGCUCUGGUUGGAACCUCGUGGUACGGACACAGGGUAGCGCAAGACUUCUACAACCCCUUCACUCCCACUAACGCCAAGUAUGAGUUCGGGAGUGCGCUGUACGUGGGAUGGGGCGCGGCCUGCCUCAGUAUCAUCGGAGGGUCGUUCCUCUGCUGUAACUGCUCCGGUGAGGGCAGCUCCAGGAAGGCUCCCCGUUACCCACCCACCUCCUCGGGACAGGGUGGGCGGGACUAUGUCUAAGGGAGUCUUACCUCAGUAAAAGGACUGAUAUGCACUGUAAAAAUCUUUAAGUUGGAAUACUAGCCAGCAGCUGCAGUUUUUAACAAUGGAUUUUUUCUCCAGUGUAGUCAAUCUGAAAUGUUUUAAUAUUGUGUUUUGCAGGGAACUGUAUCUAUUUUGGUAUUUUUGGUUGUAGGAAAAAUGCAUUUGUUGUGUGAAUAAACGUGUAUUUGCAACUAGGACUGGACACUUGAAAAUCCUGAAAGUUGUUUACAUUUGAAAAUGUUACAAUACAAUUUAGUAAAAAACGAUGUCUAAAAGUCCACAAUUACCCAUUGUCU